GUGGUAACCAGGUUUAAAACUACAUUUAUCUAGUCUUAAGUAAACAGUGUACUACCUUGCCAGCUGGCAUGCACAAACAACACUGCGGAACUACAUUGUAAACAGCCUGAUCUGAAACGUAUUUAAAUGCAGCAGGAUUUAGCAGCAAACUCCAGAGCAGAUCUGCUAGCAAUUGGAUCUCAUCAUGAUGAGUGUGAAAGUGAUGUUUUUAUUCAUGUGUGUUCUCUUAUGCUCAGAGGCUCAUAAACAACCAGAGUACAAAAUGCCUGAUUGUGCCCGCUUUAAAAUGAACCUGGCAUGUCCUAUGAACUUUGCACCUGUUUGUGGGACCGAUGGGAACACCUAUGGGAAUGAGUGCAUGCUCUGUGGCAGAAUACAGACUACCAAAGCUGACAUCCGGAUUCUGAAAGAAGGCAUCUGCUCAGAUUAACUUGGCUCUUUUGUAUGUUUCAAUAGAAGUUCCUAACAAAUAAAGCCUUCUGAAACAUCCA